CCAAUAAAUGUGAACAUGGGGUCUGUCACCGGAGCUGUUCUCAAGACGCUACUUCUGUUAUCUACUCCAAACUGGAACAGGGUUUUAGCUGGGAAUUCCCACGAUUGUGAUGACCCUCUGGUGUCUGCCUUGUCUCAGGCAUCAUUCAGCAGUUCAUCCGAGCUCUCUAGCAGCCAUGGUCCUGGAUUUGCAAGGCUAAAUCGAAGAGAUGGAGCCGGUGGCUGGUCUCCACUUGUGUCAAACAAAUACCAGUGGUUGCAGAUUGACCUUGGAGAGAGAAUGGAGAUCACCGCUGUGGCCACCCAAGGGGGAUAUGGGAGCUCCAACUGGGUGACCAGCUACCUCCUAAUGUUCAGUGACAGUGGCAGGAACUGGAAACAGUAUCGACAAGAGGACAGUAUCUGGGGAUUUUCAGGAAAUGCAAAUGCAGACAGUGUUGUGUACUAUAGACUACAGCCUUCUAUCAAAGCCAGAUUUCUGCGCUUCAUCCCUUUAGAGUGGAACCCCAAGGGCAGAAUUGGAAUGCGAAUCGAGGUGUUUGGAUGUGCAUAUAGAUCAGAGGUGGUUGAUCUUGAUGGGAAAAGUUGCCUUCUCUACAGAUUUGAUCAAAAAUCCCUGAGCCCAAUAAAGGAUAUAAUUUCUUUGAAAUUUAAAACCAUGCAGAGUGAUGGGAUUCUACUCCACCGGGAAGGGCAAAAUGGAGAUCACAUCACACUGGAAUUAAGAAGAGGAAAACUCUUUUUAGUUAUUAAUUCAGGUGAAGCUAAGCUGCCCUCCGCUCACGUCCCCAUCAGUCUCACCCUGGGCAGCCUGCUGGACGACCAGCACUGGCAUUCCGUGCUCAUCCAACGCUUGGGCAAACAAGUCAACUUUACAGUGGAUGAGCACAGGCGUCGUUUCCACGCCCAGGGAGAGUUCAGUUACCUACAUCUCGAUUAUGAGAUCAGCUUUGGAGGGAUUCCAGCACCUGGAAAAUCAGUGUCAUUCCCCCAUAAACAUUUUCAUGGGUGUUUAGAAAAUCUCUAUUAUAAUGGAGUGGAUGUUAUUGAUUUGGCCAAGCAACAGAACCCACAGAUCAUCAUUAUGGGAAAUGUGUUGUUUUCUUGUUCAGAACCACAGUCUGUGCCUGUGACUUUUCUGAGCCCCAGGAGUUACUUAGCACUGCCGGACUCUUCUGGGGAGGACGAGGUUUCUGCCACUUUUCAAUUUCGAACCUGGAAUAAGGAGGGGCUUCUGCUAUUCAGUGAGCUUCAGCUGCUUUCAGGGGGUCUCCUCCUCUUUCUUAAUGAUGGAAAACUUAAGCUGAAUCUCUACCAUCCAGGAAAAUUACCCAGUGACAUCACAGCAGGUGUUGGAUUAAAUGAUGGGCAGUGGCAUUCCAUCUCUUUGUCUGCCAAAAGGAGUUACCUGAGCGUGGCGGUGGAUGGCCAAGUGGCUUCUGCAUCUCCUUCCCUGGGGCCUGAGCAGAUUUAUUCAGGGGGCACCUAUUAUUUUGGAGGUUGUCCUGACAACAGCUUUGGAUCCAAAUGUAAAAGUCCACUUGGUGGGUUUCAGGGAUGUAUGAGACUCAUUUCUAUCAGUCACAAGAUGGUAGAUCUGAUUUCAGUUCAGCAGGAGUCCCUUGGGAACUUCAGUGACCUUCAGAUAGACUCAUGUGGAAUCACAGACAGGUGUUUGCCCAACUAUUGCGAACACGGUGGUCAAUGUUCCCAGUCCUGGGACACCUUUCACUGCAACUGUACAAACACUGGAUACAGGGGAGCAACUUGCCACAACUCUAUCUAUGAGCAGUCAUGUGAAGCCUAUAAGCAUAGAGGAAAUACUUCAGGAUUUUACUAUAUAGAUGCAGAUGGAAGUGGUCCCCUGGAACCAUUUCUUCUAUAUUGCAAUAUGACUGAAACUGCGUGGACCAUCAUCCAGCACAAUGGCUCUGAUGUAACAAGAGUCCGCAAUACCAAUCCAGAGAACCCCUAUGCUGGGUUGUUCGAGUAUGUGGCCAGCAUGGAGCAGCUCCAGGCCACAGUUAACCGUGCGGAGCACUGUGAACAGGAGCUGACCUACUACUGCAAGAAGUCACGACUGGUCAAUAAGGAAGAUGGAACCCCUCUGAGCUGGUGGGUUGGAAGAACCAAUGAAACACAAACUUAUUGGGGAGGUUCUUUACCUGAUCCUCAAAAAUGUACUUGUGGAUUAGAGGGGAACUGCAUUGAUUCUCAGUAUUACUGCAACUGUGAUGCUGACCGGAAUGAAUGGACCAAUGACACUGGAUUCCUUUCUUAUAAAGAACAUCUGCCAGUAACUAAGAUUGUGAUCACAGACACCGGUCGACCACAUUCAGCAGCAGCCUAUAAACUAGGACCUCUGCUCUGCCGGGGCGACAGGUUAUUUUGGAAUUCAGCUUCCUUCAAUACUGAGGCUUCAUACCUUCAUUUUCCUACUUUCCACGGAGAACUUAGUGCAGAUGUGUCUUUCUUUUUUAAGACAACAGCUUCAUCUGGGGUAUUUUUAGAGAACCUGGGGAUUACUGAUUUUAUACGGAUAGAGCUACGCUCUCCUGCAGUCGUGGCAUUUUCAUUCGAUGUGGGGAAUGGGCCUUUUGAAAUCUCGGUGCAGUCACCCACUCACUUCAGCGACAACCAGUGGCACCACGUUAGGGUUGAGAGGAACACGAAAGAGGCAUCCGUUCAAGUGGAUCAGCUCUCACCAAGGACGCAGCCUGCUCCGGCUGAUGGGCAUGUCCUCCUACAGCUCAACAGUCAGCUCUUUGUGGGUGGAACAGCCACCCGACAGAGGGGCUUUCUGGGAUGCAUUCGGUCUCUGCAGUUGAACGGAAUGGCCCUGGACCUGGAAGAAAGAGCCAAGGUGACUCCCGGAGUGGAGCCGGGCUGCGGAGGGCACUGCAGCAGCUACGGGAGGUUGUGCCACAACGGCGGGAAGUGCAGGGAAAAGCCCAGCGGGUUCGCCUGUGACUGCACCUCCUCUGCAUUCGCAGGGCCGUUCUGCUCAGAUGAGAUUUCUGCCUAUUUUGGAUCUGGCUCAUCUGUGAUUUACAAUUUUCAAGAAAAUUACUCCCUAAGUAAAAAUUCCAGCUCCCACGCGGCUUCAUUUCACGGUGACAUGAGGCUAAGCAGGGAAACGAUCAAGUUUAGCUUCCGCACCACACGGACCCCGAGCUUGCUGCUCUACGUCAACUCCUUUUAUAAAGAAUACCUUUCCGUUAUCAUUGCCAAAAAUGGAAGUUUGCAGAUCAGGUACAAGCUAAAUAGAUAUCAAGAGCCCGAUGUUGUUAACUUUGAUUUCAAAAACAUGGCUGAUGGGCAGCUUCACCACAUAAAGAUUAACAGAGAAGAAGCAGUGGUCUUUGUGGAGAUUGACGAGAAAGCGAGGAGACAAGUCCACCUUGCAUCAGGUACAGAACUCAGUGCGGUCAGAUCCCUUGUACUGGGCAGGAUUCUAGAACACAGUGAUGUGGACCAGGAGACGGCGCUGGCAGGUGCACAGGGCUUCCUGGGCUGUCUCUCUGCUGUGCAGGUCAGCCACGUGGUCCCCCUGAAGGCCGCUCUGCACCACAGCCGCCCAGCCCCCAUCACCAUCUCAGGACACGUGACGGAGUCCAGCUGUGUGGCCCAGGCCGGCACUGAUGCCACAUCAAGGGAGAGGACACACUCCUUUGCAGAUCAUUCUGGAACAAGAGAUGACAGAAAACCCGUCACUAACACAAUCAAGAGUGACUCUGCAGUAAUUGGAGGUUUGAUAGCUGUUGUGAUCUUUAUCUUGCUGUGCAUCGCUGCCAUAGCUGUCUGCAUUUAUCAGCAGAAAAGGUUAUACAGAAGAAAUGAGGCAAAAAGGUCAGAGAAUGUAGCCAGUGCCGAGGCUGUUUUGAAAAGUGAGCUUAAUAUGCAAAAUGCAGUCAGUGAAAAUCAGAAAGAGUACUUCUUCUGAUUGGCAGCAGUGAUUUACCUUAUAAUUACAGCAGUCUGAUUUAAUAGCCAGGGGCUCUCAAGGGACAAAAAAAAAGUUCUUACACUGAAUGUACAGGCAAAGGAUUUGCGGCACUGCCAUGUUGCCACGUCCAGACUCGAGACAGCUCCAGGAGGCCUCAUCCAGUGACAUACUUCCCGUAGCGGUCAUUCCAUAUAACAAGGAGUUUUAGAUACUGAUGUUAAUUUCCAACUGUUCUGAUAUGAUCUAAAACAGAAGUUUAACCCACUUGAGAGCUACAGUUUUUCAAUGUGAAAAGUGUAGCCCUGGCCUCUCAGCCAUAAGUGAUACCUAAGUUGUGUGAGAGGUAAAAGUCAAAAUUGGACUAUAAUGACCUUGCUUUAUCUGAGAACAUAUGCUGUGUUUGCUUUAAGUGUCCCCAUGGUGUUAUUCAUAGACCUGGAAAUGCUUCUAAGAUCCUGUUUGGCUGGUGUUUGCAUCUUCAGUGGCCAAAAGUAUAUAAACCCCUUUGCCUUUCUCUGUAU